AUGGAACAAUUCCGUAAGACAGUGGUUCCUCACUUUCUCACCAAACUCUGGUUGUUAGUAGACGACGCUGUCUUGGACCAUGUGAUUCGCUGGAGUAAGGAUGGUCACAGCUUUCAGAUUGUGAAUCAAGAAACCUUCGCCAAAGAAUUACUACCAAAAUACUUCAAACAUAACAAAAUAGCAAGCUUUGUUAGACAGCUCAACAUGUAUGGUUUCCGAAAGGUGAUUGCACUGCAGAGUGAAAAGACUAGCCAGAAGAAUAAAAUAACUUUUGAGUUUCAGCAUCCACUUUUCAAAAGGGGAGAAGCCUGUCUUCUUGCAAACAUUAAGCGAAAGGUGCCAACAAUAAAAAUUGAAGAUGCCAACCUCUACACUGAUGAGUUUCAGAAAAUUGUGACUGAAAUGCAAGAGUUUAGAGACAUGCAGAGGAACAUGGAUACCAAAUAUGCAAAAAUGAAACAGGACUACUCAAACCUAUGUCUUGAAGUUACAAACAUAAGAAAGAAGUACUGUGAGCAACAACAACUGUUAACACAGGUACUCCAUUUUAUCUUGGAUUUGAUGAGUGAAAACCAUACAGUAUUUAAAAAGAGGAAAAGGUCAUUAUCAUUCAUAUCUGAAGCUUCAGAUUCAGAAUCGGAUCAUCAGUAUUUCUGUAUUCCAGAGGACAAGAAGAAGGAAGCUAUGGAGAUAUUAAAAGAUGGUUAUGAACUUGUUGAAGACAAAUAUAAAAGUCUCCUUGAUAGAGUCUUACCAAUUUUGACAGAACCCAAAAAGUUCAUUUCAUUGGCAGACCAGCCAAGUGGAGAUGAUGGAGAACACCCUCUAGUGUCAGUUCAGGAUAAACCUAUGAAUGAAGAGUCACUGACCAUUCAGUUGGAUUUGACCAUACCAGUUUUACCAGAACAAAUGACCGAAGAAUCCAUUGAACAAGAACCUAAAGAUAUUUCUUUGGAAUUGGAUCUUUCUUCUCAGGAUUCAAUUUUGAUGAAAGAUAAACCAGACAUUUUGUAUGACAAUAUAAUUAACAGGGAUAAAAUGAAUAUGCAUCAUACUGAUGAAAAUUUGUUAGAGCUAAAUUCAUUACUAUCUACGAAGGCAGUGAAUGAUGACUCUGAUCAUUUGAGUGAGAGUCUAAGUCUAAUGCAAAGUGAAGAAGAGAAUAAUCUACUUGAUCCCAGUGGGGGAAAAGACAAACAUAUGAUGCAAUGCAUGGAAAAAUCUGAGCUUUUCCUAUUGGAUGGGACACCAAUAUGUGAUUUUGGAGAAAAUCUUCAAGAUUAUGACAUACUUUUGGAUGAUCUGAAGAACCCACCCAAUGUCAUAUCAGCUUUAUGUGACCAUGAUUAUGCAACCUCCAAUAUUUCUACUCUACAAGAAGAUAGUAUUGAAAAUGUUAUUCCCCAGUUAUGUAUGGAAGCCAUUGAGGAGUCCAAUGUGUUCCCGUUUCUCUUUCUCGACCCUGUUACUGAUAUUUUUUGAAGAGCAUAUUGAAACCAAUAUUUUGUCACAAUUCAAUUUAUUUUGAGUCUCAAUGACUCUCGUUUCCUCUGGGGAAGUAGAUAUUCCAUGGCUGCUGGCUAGUGUAUGUAUGUUCAUUUGGACAUUUCUGUAACUUAAAAAAUAUGUUAAAAUUACAGCCUUCCAAUAUCUAGACAAGCUUUGGCAACAAGAAAACAUAAGGAAUAUAUCCAAAUUUUAAUUUUAAUAUAAUAAGAAGUUGGUUAGUUUUUUUAAUUUUUAAACUAAUAAUGUUCUAAUACUUUACUUGUUACUAGUUUAGAGAUUAGUGUUAUUGCAUUUUUCUAAGUAAUUAGAAAUUUUCUGUAGCUAGACUUUGUUUAUAGUAAAGAAACAAUUUUUACAAGGUUUAAAAGGAAGGUUUAGAGUUAAUGAAAAUGAUGUUACUCCUAGAUUUUACAGAUAUAUUUAUUCUAUAGCUUUCCACUUUAUUUCAGUCUCACACUAUUUUUAAUUCCUAAAGAAAGUUAAUAAUUCAGCAAAAUAUAUUUUUUCUGUAUAAUGGCCAUCUCAUAUACAAUAAAAGUCAACAUAUUGACUCUCAUCUAAAACCUUCAACAAGAACUCCAAGAACUCCAAGAAUCAAACUCUAGCAAACAUUUUCCUUAAAAGCAUGCAGAAACCCAAGAGCAAAUGGUUUGUUUGAAAUUAAGCUUAAAAACUCCCAGUCAACCAUUUCUCAACUAUAUUUAUCUAUGAUUUCCACAAUAAUCUCUAGCCAUAUCAACAUUCUUUGACAGAUAUGUAAUGAUUUGAUAGAAUAUUAUCUUUCAAAAAUAGUAUAGUUUUACCUAAAUCUGGAGCAGUUUUCAUACAAACUAUUCCAACACCAACAUUCAUACAUGGCUUAACACUGAGCAUCUUAGCACUUAAAAUCUAAGGUUAUCUGUUUAGUUGAAGAAGCACUUUAGAAUAUGUUUAAGGCUUUAUGUUAGUAAGCUGAAUAUUAAAACAUCAAGCUUCUAUAGGGCUCAGUUUGUAACACUUUCUUACUGCUUUAUUUCACCUGCUAGAAUGGUCUACAAAUUUAGUUGGUUUUCACCCCAUUUAUUUUUCAAGUUUAACAUGUUCUUCAAUAGUCUCACUAAUGGAGUCAGCUUUAACAGGAAGGGGAAGCAGGUCAUUAUGUUCAUUAUCUGUUUUUAAAUGUAUAUUUGUGUAAAUAAAAAGGUUUGUGCAAUUUUGAGAAUUCUUAAGGAAAGUACAGAUCUCAUUUAGUGAUGGCUGAGCUUUUGAUAUACGGGAGUGAACUCAAGUAUUUCAACACUGAAAAACUUCUUGUCAUUGUAAUGUUAUCUAAGUCAAUAAAGGGUUGAGC